AUGUCCUCCCACCCGCCCUCCUAUCCCUACCCCCACCACACUCUUCCGCCUGUCCCCUCAGACCCUGGCGUUCGCCUGCCGUCCAUCAAGGACCUCAACUUCCCCCCGCCAGGCCCCGAAGGCCAAGGUACAUCCAGCUCACAAAGACGCGGCGAACACGCUCAACCCAGGCACGACCCAUGGAACCGUCCUCCUGCGCCCUCGGCGCAACAGCCUCCCCCCCAGCACGCCCCGUCGCACGCGCAGCAACAUCCCUCUCAUCCCCAGCAUCCCCCCCACCCACAGCAUUCUCCCAUGCCACCGCCCCACGAAGCGCCUCCCAAGUCCCACUACGCGCCUCACCCAAAGUCUGACGCGUCUUACGCGCCUUCGGGCCCACCCCCGCCUCAACCGCCCCCGAGCGUGCCACCUCACCCCGGCGUAGGGGCGGGGACGCGCUCCGAGAACCCUGCCGACAAGAGGUCCCGCCCCCAGCAGCCUGUCAGCGCCUCCCCAAGGCAGCCCCCUCACGUAAGCAUAAGUUCUCCCGUGAAGAGCGCUCCGCCUCCGGGGUAUCAUCACCAGGCGCCCCCGCCGUCGGCACCACCACCGCAGGAGCACCUGCAGCACCCGCCUCCCUCCCACUACCCUCCGCAACAACCCCCCACAUAUGCGCCGUACCCACCCCCGCAGAUGCCGUCGCACCCCUCUUCUCAUCAGUCGUCGCACCCUCCUCAUCAACCAGCCCACCAUCAGGCCCAAGCGCAGCCUCAGCCUCCGCCCAGUCCUUACCCUCCGCCGCAUCAGCCGGUGGAGCACUGGCAGCAGCACCCGCCCCCUGGGCAUGCCCCACCACCUCCACCGCCCCAGCACCAGCAGUUCAACGGUUACGCAAGUCGCGCGACUGCGCUGGCGCCCCCUCCGGCUCCCCUGACUCCAAGUCCGCGGGAUGCCGAGCGGGCGAACGCUCGCCAGGGCAUCGUGCAUGAGAUCCUUCAACAUUGUCAGACGUUGAUGAUGUUCGCGAACCGCUAUGGUAAUUCUCCGUCCUACGCGCCGCCGGAACAGGAGAUUCAAGACAUGAAUCACCGGGCGAAUGAGGUCGUUCGCUUGAUUGAACAGCUGCGACGGAUGGAUGCUGGCGAAGACGUCGCCCGCAGAGAUGCCUAUCCCGUGGCGGCGAAUCCCGCUGAUGAGCAUCGGCCCCCGAAGCGCCCCUGGGAAGAUAUGGGCAGGGAAGGCGAGCCGUCGCCGGUGAACAAUUACGAGCUUGGCGACCAGGCGCAGUCUACUGCCGAACAAGACAUGCAGAUCAUCCGCAACAAAAGGCAGUCAAGCACUGGCGGAGCAGCAGGUGUGCAUCAGAAGAACAAGUACCGCAAACGAAGCCGUGCAACCCCGCCGGGCAAGUGUCACUCGUGCAACAUCCGUGAGACGCCAGAGUGGCGGCGUGGACCGGACGGUGCUCGGACCUUGUGCAACGCGUGUGGACUGCACUAUGCGAAGCUGAUGCGAAAACGCGACAAGACUCUGGACGCGAACGGGAAGGCUCCCCCUAUCGACCUCCAGACGCUGCGCGCGUCCACGGCGUCCGCACGAGGCGCAGGUGGCAACAGCAGUGACGGUGGCCAUGGCGAGCCGUCUCAGUCGCAGAACCACGGUUCGCUCCCGCCCCCGCCGCAUCAGGCUCCACCGCCGCAGUCGUCGUACGAGCAGCAGAAGCCCCCGUCGAUGCACGGUGGCCCACCUCCUCCGCACCCGGGCUCGUACCAGCUGAUGCCCGUCGCGCCACCUGGGUCGUCGGCGUCGGUGCACCAGAUGAUGCCUCCCCCUCACGGCCCCCCGUCUGCACCGCACAGCGCGGUGGGGGCGCCCGUUCCGCCGCCUCCGUGGCUGUCACCCUCACCUUCAGAUCGGGGCGGAUACAACAACGGGGACUACGCGCGGCUGUCGCACCCUCCGUCGCACGCACGGGCGUCGCCGCAGUGA